ACGAAAAGCUUUCAUUGAGAUACAGUGCCAGUGCGGCAACUAUUACAGUUUGAAACCAUGGCGCCGUUGACAGCAAUUACGAUUGUGGCUUCCUGCUUUCUCUUUGGUUUUACAUCAGCUCACCUCCCUGGAGAGACAUGCAACCAAGCACUUGGAAUGGAAUCAGGGGCCAUAUCUGACUCGAUGAUUACAGCCUCCAGCAGUUUCAGUGAUCGUCGGAGCCCUCGCUAUGCACGUCUCCACCAGCGAGAUGGCGAUGGUGGAUGGACAGCCAACCCAAACGACGAGGACUCGGCGCCAAGUCUGACGAUAGACCUGGGACACAGGGCCAGGGUAGUUGCCGUGGCAACGCAAGGUCGAUACAACAGCAAUGAGUUUGUGAAAGCUUUUAAGUUGGCGUACGGUGAUGAUGGAGAAAAUUGGGUCUUUGCCCUAGAAAACCAAGCGGAAAAGACUUUCCAAGCCAACGCCAACAGUGAUGAUGUCAUAAAGACGACGUUACCAGAACCCGUGGAAGGCCGUUAUAUUCGCUUCAUGCCAACAAGCUAUGAAAGCAUGAUUUCGAUGAGGGUAGAACUAUAUGGAUGUUUAAUGGACGCCCACAGUGCAUCAUUUGAUGGAUCUAACUACCUAAGAUGGGAUCUGAGUCCUGCUAGCGAAACGUUGAAUCUGGAAGAGGAGUUGAUUGAUAUCCAGUUCUUAACCGUUGAGCCGACUGGAAUCCUCCUGUCAGCCGAUGGUACACAGGGAGACUUCAUCAUGAUUGCCAUGGACGAUGGAAAAUUGAAUCUCACUCUUAAUCUAGGUAGUAACAGCUUAUACAAUGACGGCUUAUUUACCAUGGAGGUUGGAAGUCUCCUGGAUGACGGACACUGGCAUAGCAUGAGAUACAUGAGGGUUGAUCAUGAAAUCACUCUUCAGCUCGACGGCUUGAAGGUCAGAGGUGAACUCUCCAGUGACUUUGCCAAACUGGAUCUAGACAGAGAGAUGACAAUUGGCGGUGCAUCAGACAAGGCCAAACGUCUGCACAGAAUUAAGCAGAACUUUAAAGGUUGUCUGCAGAAUGUGCGUAUCAGUAACACGGUGAACCCAUCUCUCCUGGGCAUCGCUCUAGACUUCAUAUCAGAGGUGGAGAUAGGAGGAAGACGAGCAUUCUCAUCGGUCGGUGAAUUCCAUGCCGGCUGUACCAGCCUAGAUACGACCUCGUUGACCUUCCCGACGGAGGACUCGUAUCUCAAGUGGACCAUUUUUACCUCCAAUAACAACAACUUCACGGUGCAUUUACGAUUCCGUACCUUUGACGAUGACUCACUGAUGCUGUACAAUGAACAGGGCUCUAACCAGUUUAUUGCGUUAGGUGUUCGGGACUCCAGGUUUGUGGUCAUCAUCAAAAACGGCGGCGAUACUAUCGACAUACCGGCUGCUGUGUAUGUCAAUGAUGGUCUAUGGCACAGGUCAAGGGUCGAGGUCGCUUCAGGUCAAGUCCACAUCACUAUAGAUGACACCAAACAGACAACUUCAUUCAACACUGGAUUUGUUUCUACAUCUACAGAGUUUUAUAUUGGUGGGACCAUGUUACCCAGCGGAAUAGACACAGCGUACCUACCAGGGUUCCGUGGGUGCAUCAGUGAGAUCCAUCUUCAGGACAUCACUGUGGACAUUGCUAGUCUGGAAUCUACCACCACACCAUCAGGCGUCAUCAAGAAUGACAUCCAGGUCGAUACCUGCGCUCUCUUUGACUGGUGUAGCCCAAACCCUUGCGAACACGGCAGUGUGUGCUCUUCAGAAUGGCAUACCUUUGUAUGUGAUUGCUAUGGAACAGAAUAUUCUGGAGCAGUAUGUCACACAAGUAAUAAUGAACAGCUCUGUGUUAAUCAACUCAUACCCGGAGAAACAGUCAUUGAUACAGACGGCAGUGGUCCUAUCACACCUCUAUCAGUACGCUGUGCCAUCGAAGUUGAUGAUGACGCUGGGUCUGGUAUGUAUUACCGAUGGACGGAGAUCAGUCACAAUGUGGAAGAAACGAUGGAUAUACCAAGUGGGAACGAAGCUCCAGGAUCUUACAUGCAGAGGAUAGAAUAUGAGGCUACUAUGGAACAGAUCGAAGACUUGAUUCAACACUCUGAGCAAUGUGAACAGUUCGUCAGAUACGAGUGCACCAAUGCAAAGUUACUCAAUUCACCAAGUGGAUCUCCCUAUGGUUGGUGGGUGAACAGACAUGAUCAGAAGAUGGUCAACUGGGGUGGAGCACCUGUAGGAACAGGAAGGUGUGCAUGUGGUAUUGGUAUGGUGUGUGCCCCCGAUAACUCCAAGUACUGUAACUGCGAUGCUGAUUCUACAAACGAUGGUGUUGAUGAGGGCUACCUGACCGAGAAGGACCAUCUACCUGUAACACAGCUCAGGUUUGGGGAUACCGGUGAUGCAGGGUCAUCAGCUUCUUAUCAGCUGGGAAAACUUAGAUGUAGAGGGGACGUGAGUCUGACCAACAUAGUAAGCUUUGUCCAGCGAGAGGCCCACCUAGCUGCCCAUAUGAUGACCACUCCUCAGGGCGCCUUGGACGUUGCCUUUGACUUCAAGACCACGGUAGACCCAUCAGAUCCCAGCGAUCCAGCCACUGCUGCCGUCUUCGUUGCAGCUGAUGCCGAGAAAGAAGGAUUAAUCGAGGUGAAGUUGGUGAAUGACCGAACGAUACAGGUCCAGUUUGAUUACGGUGCGGACAUGAUGACCAUCAGCGUGACCGUACCAGACCCCCUCAACGAUGACGCCUGGCAUUCCGUCCAAGCAAACUUUGACCGCAAGGAGGUGUGGCUGAGGGUGGACAGAGAACCAGUGGAGAAGAUGGUCUUAGAUCGGCCAGAGCUUACAUUGGCGCUGACCGGGCCAAUCUAUAUAGGUUCAUCAACGGUCCAAUCGGAUGGCUUUGUUGGAUGCUUGCGUAAGAUGAGGGUGAAUGGAGAGCUUGUUGACAUGGCAGCGAUGGCAGAGACUGCUAAAGAUGUUCAUGCAGGCUGCGUCGGGCAAUGCUCAACGGAACCGUGCUUGAAUGGAGGCAUGUGUAUAGAGAAAUACGACACCGUAGAAUGCCAGUGUGAUGAUACAGCCUUCGGGGGAUCCUACUGCUCUGUGGAGGUUGGAGCAGAGAUGUCGAGCGGAGCCCGCAUUUCCUACUCGUUACCAGAUGAACUGAAGUAUACCAAAGACAUGGACACCAUCAUCCUUGCCUUCAAGACCAGCCAACCUCAAGGGCAGCUCUUCAGGGUAGAGAACGCUGAUGAUGGCAGCCAUAUUGAUCUAGUGCUAGAUGGAUCAGGGUAUGCUGUGUUAAAAGUAAGACUUGACAGUGAAAAUGAAGAGACACUUACAGAGAUGAAAAACUUUGCCGACAACAAGAACCAUUUUGUUACAAUCACAAGGAACAUGAAAGAAAUACGCUUUCAGGUUGAUGAUUAUAUUCCUCUUAAAACGGAAGGCCAGGCCUUUACAACUACAGCAUUCACUCCAGCUGAUAUCUUCAUUGGAAACUCUGGUACCAAUGGGAAUAGCUUCAUCGGUUGCAUAUCUCGAGUUCAGUUCAACGGCGUCGACCCCCUCAAGCUGUACUUUGGUGCCACCCGUCCUCAGGGCGUGGCAGGGUCAGGGUUCAUCAGCCAGUCGAGGUGCGGUAUCGAGGAGCAGAUACCCAUGUUCCUACCCACCGAGGAGUACCCACCGACGGAACCACCCAUGGUCACCCAGUUUAUACCUUCAGCUGCACCCGUCAGCUCAGAUCUGGCUCCGGGAGAUAAAGCCGCUAUCGCAAUUGUGGUGAUCCUUCUGCUCCUAGCGCUGUGUCUUCUUCUCUUCCUCAUCGGGCGUUACACGUCGCGUCAUAAAGGAAUGUAUUCCACCAACGAAGACAAAGGAGCGAAGAAUGCACGCAAUGCUGACGAUGCUGUAGCGUUACAUGGCUCAAAGAGAACUAAGGAGUACUAUAUGUAGGCUCAUCGUUACGGUUCUUUCUGAUUUAAAAUGUCUGUUCUACAUUCGGUCAUACUCUUGUAGUUGCAUACUUGUAGAAAAAUACCAUUUCUGUCUUGGUUGUAAGCAAUACAUUUGUUUCUUUUUCAAUUACAUACAAUAAGAGGAUGCCUGUCUUGAUUGUCAACGGUAAACGCUUUAUUUUCAUUCAAUAUGCAAUUGUAUCAUGUCGAAUGGAGAUUGAAUAAUUAUGAAGAAGAUUGCUAUAAACUCUUUAUUUUCAUUCAAUAUGCAAUUGUAUCAUGUAGAAUUGAUAUUGAAUAAUUAUGAAGAAGAUUGCUAUAAACUCUUUAUUUUCAUUCAAUAUGCAAUUGUAUCAUGUCGAAUUGAUAUUGAAUAAUUUUGAAGAAGAUUGCUUUGGUUUAGUAUUCUCAGGUAUUCAAUAUCAAAUUGUUUGCGAUCUUGGAACAAAAUAUUAAUAUGCCGGGGAAGUUUAAAGGGCAUUGAUAUUGUCAAGUAGAAUGGAUAUUUGAUAGGGAGAUAUGAAAAUCAUAAUGCUGGACAUAGUUGUAUGUGUUGGCUCCUAAGUAAAGCUUCUCUGAAGAAUUUGAUUAGUGUAAUCUGAUAACAUCUCAAAAGAGAUAGAUAAAGUGAAAAUGUAGUUUGAUGUAUUCCACCAAACCCGUGAUGUUCCUUUAUGAAAAUUUGUUGAAAUUUAACUGUUUAAAAAAACUAGAUGCCAGAAAGUAGCUGCAUUUCCAUCAAAACAAAUUUCUAGAGCAGAUUUUACUAUUGUAAUGCAUCACUUUUUGCAAGCCAACAUUGUUCAAAUUCAUUGCAAACUACAUGUACUUGUGUGAAAUAUGCGAAGAUACAAUAAUCUCUUCAAAAGGAUGUAAAUAUUUCUUUUAUUUCUUAAGUGGUCUUCACACUUCAUAUGUUGUUGAGUGCAUUAUUUUUACAACGAAUGAUGAUUGAACGAUGAAAAUGUAUAUCGCACUGAAUGUUUGGUGAGUUUUAUGACACAGCAAUUAUGUUUUACUGAACUGCUCAAAAUGUCCAUGUUUUCAGUUGAUACAACGUCAAAUCACUAGAAAAGCAUAAAAUAUAGAGAUCCUACGCAACAAUUUUGUUUGUCAACGUAGCAAGUCCUUUAAGAUUAAAUCGGCACAUCAUAUAUUGCAAAUAUCUGUCCAUCUAGCGAGUACCUCGUCCUACUGUCAGUUAAUAUUUUUGUGCGAAUGGUAUUGUUGCCUAUUACCGACUCCACCAAAAAGGAUACUAAGGUACGUUGAUUUUGACUGCAGCUGUUUGAUACCAAUCAAAGAAAUUUGUCAGUACCCACUACCUGAUUAAUUCACAUCAUCAAACGAAAUGAGGAUCAUUUGUUGCAUGAUAAGGCUUCUGUGUAUCCUACAAUGUAUUCAGUCAAAGCCUUAAGGGGCAAAUAGUGCAAGAUAUGUGAUUUUUUAGAGACUAAAUCUAAGUGUACAUAAUUCAUGAGAUUGUAGUGUAAAUAGAAGAAGUUUUUGCAAAUAUUAAUACAUUUUUACAAUCGAAGAGUAUUCAUGAAAUAGGUAUUCACGCUAUGUAAAAUAUCUGUAUAUCUGGUUCAAGCUAUUUUAGAUAAAAUAUGCAUUUUUGUAUGUGAAAGUUUGCGAUCUGUAUUUAUAUAAAAAAUGAAUUUCGUGUAGCUGAAUAUAAGAUAUUGAGAUGGUUGAGCUGCGAUAGUAUUCAUUCCCGCUCAUUAGUUAGUUGAAUGAAGCAAGCAGUUUGGCUGAAGUGUGUUCAUGGAAAAUGAAUAAGAGGAAUGGCCUUUUUAAAGCUUGCCACUGAGUUGGAUGUUAUAGCAAUGCUUUCCUUUUCGUCAUAAUCAUGCACUGUGGUAAACAUACUUUUUGCAAGUGAUUAUGUUUUCUGUGAGCCUCACAUAUUAAAAGCAUCAAUCGUUUCGUCCAAUAAUUAGUUAUUUGAGUAAAAGAGUCAUGGUAAUUAUUGAACAAUUUUUAAGAAUUCAGGAAUUGUAUUGGAAGGUGUAACCGUAUUCUACACUACAUUGCCAAAUUUGAACAUGCUGUUUGAUACAGUAAUUGAAACUUUGUACAGUGCUUUUAUGAAUGUUUUGUCAUUGCAGUUAUUGAAGAAGAAAACGAGAAAUUCAACAGAACUAACAACACCUUGAUCAAAAUUGAAAUGAACUUUUUUAUGAACUUCAUAUUUAUGGCCCAC